GCGAGUACCUUGUCUGAGGUUUCCUGGAGCUUCCUGGUCAUCUCCUCCUGGGUUUUCUGCGCCUCCCGCAUUUCGCUGAUGGUUCUCUGCAGAUCGGAAUUUUGUUGAAUAACUUCGUUUAUCCUCGAACGAAGGAUCUUGUUUUCUGCAGCCAGUUUACUACUGUACUCUGCCAAAUCAUUGUAGGAUGGUUUGGCGGGCUUUUUGUUUACGGGGCUGCGAGACCUUUUUCCGUCGUCCGAAGACGCCGGGGUAUCCUCCGGGUCGGAAAUCGGAUCUUUACGAUCCAUCGUGCGGCCUGCCGGCCGAGGUUCUGCUCGGGCGGUCGUUUCUCGGAGCAGGUAGAUUUCCACUGGGUUAAUCCUUUUAAUGCACUCGUAAUCACUAACUGUCGCGUACACGUCCUCUCUCUUCGGAGGUUCACUUUACUAUACACGAGAUACGUAGAUAUAUCGAACUCUACGACAAUGUACACAACGAAGAUGGACACUCCGUCAACAUUGAUUUUUGAGUCAACCGAUCCCGCCAGACUUUCCAAGAAAAUGCUGGCGGUAUUUUUAAAAAAUUUAUUCAGGUAUGGGAGGAAAGAGGUGAAGAUUGUGAACAAGAGAGUUCAUUUGUAUUUGAAAUAUUCACCGAAAAAUCAAACGAUUCAGGGAAAAUUAAAAAAUCUUCCCGUCCGAUACCUGAGAGUGGCGGCCGAUGACGAGGAAGAAUUACAAUUAUUAUUGAAGGGGAUGCGUGAAUUCUCGGACGUCAAUUUUUAUGCGGCUGCCAUAGAACAGGACGAACCCGUACCGGCUAAAAAAUUCAAGCCGGCUUCGGAAGAAGAGAAAAUAAAAAUUCUGGAAAACAGAAUUUUAAAAUCAGCCACCACUACGACGACGACCACCACCACUCCCACUACCAGCAAAGUUGAAGAUUUUUGCUUCAUUUUAAACGAUGACGCGGACGAGUUUGAAAGUCAAAAAUUUAGUCACAUUAAUCGCGAAGAAACUUUCGAGAAGUACAAUGCACUGACAAUCCAAAAACGGUAA